UCUGUUCCUCUCCCGCACAUCGACGAAGCGCACGGAGGGUAACUGCACAGGAGGAAACCGGCGAAGGACGCGGCGGCGGCUCCGGGCGUGGACAUGGACGAGAAGACGCAGGAUAAAGUAGAGGCGGCGGUGCUGGAGAUCCUGCGGGGUUCCGACAUGGAGUCCCUGACGGAGUACAAGGUCCGCACCACCGCCGCCGACCGCCUCGGCAUCGACCUCGACCUCCCCCUCCACAAGCGCUUCGUGCGACGCCUCGUGGAGGACUACCUCAAGUCCCUCGCCGAAGAAGAAGACCGGAAGCAGAAGGGCAGCUCCCGCAAGGAGGCGAAAAAGAAACAGCAGCGUCAGGAGGAGGAGGAAGAGCAGGAAGACGAUGCGGAGAAGGAGGGGGAAGAGGAGGAGGAGGAGGGGGAGAAGGGAGGUGAAGGAAAGGAGUUUGACGAUAAUGGAGACCUCAUCAUCUGCCGCCUGUCCAAGAGCAGGAGGGUGACGCUGCAGGAGUUCAAGGGCAUGACGCUGGUGUCGAUCCGCGAGUACUACUUGAAGGACGGCAAGGAAAUGCCCACCUCCAAAGGGAUAAGUAUGACGGUUGAGCAGUGGGAAACAUUCAGCAAAUCAGUGCCUGCAAUAGAAGACGCCAUCAAAACGCUUGGAGAAACAGACUGAAAGCAUGCCACAAAAACCUAAAAAUCUCAAAGCUCGUUCUGGACCUCCGCAAGGGUAGUCCAUGGGUGUUCUGAGUACUCCAUGGAGCUACAGUACUAGAGUUCUUCUGGACUUGUAUAAAGCCUCUCCCUUAGUCAAGGUAUCUACUGAUGCGUCCUGGGUAGACAGUUUGGGUGUGUUUGCUAACUAGUUAUCCGCCGCUAUGUUGGACCAAAGUUUCGUCCCUGUAUCCUGUGAUCUCGCGCUGUUUAACUGUCCUUUCUAAUAUCGUAUGGAUAUGACGGGCCCUUAAGGCUAUCGUUGUGAGAGAGUAGGACAACUGCCGAAAGCCGUUGUUUUCGACUGUAGUAAAAUCAGUGAUCGUGAUGUUCGCACAUCAAAAUCCUCAUAACAGUUUGGAUUUUGGAAGUCUUGGCUGAUCACGGAAACGAAAAUUUCUACGCCAA